ACAUCAAAGGCCACAGUUAACAUCAAUCCCCUCAAUGUCAAGGAUACCUGAGAUUGCAGGAGUGAGUCCUAUACAUAAUGGCCAAGUCUGCAGUACGUGGGGUAACUACCACUUCAAGACCUUUGACGGAGACAUCUUUCAGCUCCCCUCCACCUGCAACUAUGUUGUGACCUCACUGUGCCAUAGCAGUUAUGAGGAUUUCAACAUCCAGAUGAGGCGGCAGGUGGUGAACAACCAGCCCACCAUUAGCAAGAUCACCAUGAAGCUGGAUGGUGUAGUGGUGGAGCUAUCCAAGGGUUCAGUUGUUGUUAAUGGGAAUAAUGCCACCUUACCAUUCAGCCAGUCUGGUAUUCUCAUUGAAGAGACUCCCUCCUACAUCAAGAUCAAAGCAAAACUGGGAUUGGUAGCCAUAUGGAACCAGGAUGAUUCCUUCUUGGUGGAGAUGGACAURAAAUUCAGAAAUAAGACCUGUGGUCUAUGUGGAGAUUUUAAUGGAAUUCAYCAAUUUGAUGAGUUCUAUAGCCAUGGUAUGAAAUUGUCCCCUGUCGACUUCGGAAACUUCUGGAAAUUGGAUGGUCCCACUGAAAGCUGUACUGAAAACACACUGCCUUCAAAUCAGAAUUGRCCCAAUCUGAAACCAGUUUGUGAGCAGUUGCUCUCCGGUCCUGCCUUCAGCAGCUGUAAGGACUUGUUGGCCAUUGACUCAUUUGUUGAGUCCUGUGUAUCUGACCUGUGCCACUGUGAUAACAGCACCAAGUCCUUCUGCCUAUGCAACACUAUCUCAGAGUACUCCCGCCAGUGUGUUCAUGCAGGCGGGAAGCCCAAGCAAUGGAGGACUGAACAGUUCUGCUAUAAGACCUGCCCCUWCAACAUGGAGUACCAGGAGUGUGGAAACCCCUGUGUUGACACCUGCUCCAACCCCGAGAGAGGCCAGCUGUGUGAGGAACACUGCUCAGAUGGCUGCUUUUGUCCUCCAGGAACCGUUUUUGAUGACGUCAACAAGAAUGGUUGUAUCGCCUUGAGUCAAUGCUACUGCCGCCACAAUGGAAAAACCUACGCACCCGGAGAGUCUUAUUCAAGCACUUGUAAAGAUUGCUCCUGUGCUGGUGGUCAGUGGAAGUGUGUGGACAAGGACUGUCCUGGCACCUGUGCUGUGGAGGGAGGAUCCCACAUCAACACCUAUGAUGGAAAAGCCUACACCUUCCAUGGGGARUGCUCUUAUGUUUUGACCAAGGACUGUGAUGGGAUGCAAUUCACUGUACUGGGUGAUCUGGUGCAAUGUGGGCUUUCUGACAGUGAGACUUGUCUAAAGGCUGUUACCCUGUCCCUCUCAGAAGGAGCCACUGUGAUCAACAUACAACCCAAUGGAAAAGCCUUUGUAAAUGGAAUCUAUUCUCAGCUGCCUUUUUCUGCUGCUGGAGUAACUAUUUUCAGAGCCUCCUCAUUUUUCAUCAUUGUCCAGACCACCUUUGGCCUCCAGUUGGAAAUCCAACUCUCACCAAUCAUGCAGGUCUAUAUUGCUGCAAGCACCGUUUGGCAGCAGAGAACUUGUGGUCUUUGUGGAAACUUCAACAACAACCAAGGAGAUGAUUUCAAGGUCCUGAGUGGAGUGACUGAGGGCACAGCCAUUGGUUUUGCAAACACCUGGAAAACACGAGCCAGCUGCCCAGACAUCAAGAGUAGCUUUGAAAGCCCCUUUGAGUGUCGUGUGAUGAAGUCAGUGUCUUUGGUAAAAUGUCCGCCUGUGACCAGUCGUGGUUCUCCGCGCUCCAUGGGCCUGUCUGAGACAUCCCCGCAGGUCGGCGACGUUGUUGCAGAUGAUGUCUGCCGUGAGGACCUGCCUUACAACAGCCUUACAAGCCCUCAGUCCAGACUCCUCAUCAGCCUAUUGCGGCCAUCUGACCACUGA